UUCUGUGUGUGGGGUGGUGAGCUCAGCUAGUUUGUUUCUUUGGGCCUAAUCCCCUCAUGCUGGACGCCAGGCUAUAUAAAGGACACAUGUUUGCUUUCAAAACACACGCUGAGCGAAACAGACAGCGACUACUGACUAACACACAGUCAUCAUGUCCUCUGGUGGAGAAAAAUCCAAGUCUGCCUCCCAGCCUGAUGGGAAGGCUGCUCAACAAAAAAGAACCGAGAUGGGCACGGGAAACUAUAGGAUGUACGUGUACGACCAGGAAAACUUUCAGGGCCGUAUGAUUGAGAUCACCAACGAGUGCAUGAACGUGUGCGAAAUGGGCAUGGACAGAGUGCGUUCCCUCCGCGUGGAGUGCGGCCCUUGGGUAGGCUGGGAGCAGAUGAACUUCUGUGGAGAGAUGUACAUCCUGGAGAAGGGCGAGUAUCCCCGCUGGAACUGCUGGAGCAACUGCCACAGGAACGACUACCUGCUCUCCUUCAGACCUGUCAGAAUGGACCCAGAGAAGCAUAAGAUCUGUCUGUAUGAGGUCGGUGAGUUCAAAGGCCGUAAAAUGGAGAUUAUUGAUGACGAUGUGCCCAGUAUGUACACCUACGGGUUUACCGACCGUGUUGGUAGCAUCAUGGUCAGCUGUGGAACUUGGGUGGGCUACCAGUACCCCGGUUACCGUGGAAGCCAGUACCUACUGGAGAAGGGCGACUACCGCCACUUUAAUGAGUUUGGUGCUCGCCAUCCCCAGAUGCAGUCGGUCAGACGCAUCCGUGACAUGCAGUGGCACCCGGACGGCUGCUACACUAUGGCCACCAAGUGAGGGCUUGGGAGGACGAGAAAGAGAGGGAACAGGGGGGAGAGAAAAACUGAGGGAGCAGAAGAUGAAGGAGGGGGAGGGUGGAGGGCCAAGAAGGAGAGGAGGAGCGGACCACCUAGGUGAAAACGUAUUGUUGUCAGAGGACUGAAAUUGUAAAGACUAAAAGAGCAUUUUCUUUAUCAACCCUCUUAAUUUACUUUAUCUCACCUCAUCUUCUUUCAUCCCUCUUCCUCCUCUUCCUUAUCCUCCAUACAUUUUUCCGCUGUGGAAAAAGACCAUCACAACGAGCCUUAACUGAUACCCGAGUUGUUGAAAUCAGGGAUGAUGAUUUACGGGCGGGGCAACGGGUGGCUG